AUGGGUAACGACGCAUCAAAAGGCCGUGCAGCAGCAUUAGGUGAUGGAGAAAUAGCUGCACUUAAAGCUAGUACAAAGCUUAGUGAUCAAGAAAUUCGAGAAAUGUUUGAUGAAUUCAAUAAAGGAGGUGGAAGUGAUGGAAAAAUAACUAAAGAAGAAUUUCGUAAAUAUUAUAAAAAAUCUGUUGGAUCUGAUGAUAAAGCUGGAAUCUUAGCUGAUAAUACAUUUGCUGCAUUUGAUGCUAAUCAUGAUGGUUCAAUUAAUUUUACUGAAUUUACUUUCGCCAUUAUGGCACAAAAUAAAACUGAUUUAGAUAGUAUACUGAAUUUCUCAUUCGAAGUAAUGGAUGUUUCAGGUGAUGGACAACUUAGCUUUGAUGAAUUGAAAAGUUAUUUGGAAAAAGCGACGAUAUUGGCAGUUGGUCAAGAAGAAGCAGCAACAAUCGAUCAAAAUGAAGUUGCUGAAAGUAUUUUUCAAGAACUUAAACUUAAUAAAACACAAAAAUUAAAUAAAGAACAAUUUGUACAAGGAUGUAAAAGAAACAAAGAACUUGCCAAUAUGUUUACUGGAUCUGAAUAA